CUCGCUGCCUCCCGGCGACCCGCAGCUCAUCGCUCUCAACGUGGAGCAGCUCAAGAGCCGGGGGCUGUUUGACAGCUUCCGCCGGGACUGCCUGGCCGACGUGGACACCAAGCCAGUUUACCAAAAUCUGAGGCAGAAAGUGGAUAAUUUUGUGUCAACACAUCUGGACAAGCAGGAAUGGAAUCCUACGAUGAACAAAAACCAGUUGCGAAAUGGUCUGAGGCAAAGUGUGGUUCACACAAGGUCAGGGAUGUUGGAGGCGGGAGUUGACAGGAUCAUUUCUCAGGUGGUAGAUCCAAAGCUCAACCACAUCUUCAGGCCACAAAUAGAACGAGCAAUUCAUGAGUUCCUGGCGGCCCAGAAAAAAGCAGCUGUGCCACCACCGCCUCCAGAGCCCGAAGGCCAGGACCUUCCAGCUUCAUCCCAGGAUGCUUCCUAAGAAUAUGUCUGGCACCUUUUGAGAGCUCCAUUUAAUUAAUGGUGAAGAAGAGGUUUGGUUACAUAAGAGUACAGCUUCAGAAUAAAG